AAAAUAUUGAAAUGAAAACUUUCUUUCGUUUCCCUUUCUUCCAUGCACUUAUUUUUGCAGUGUCUGAAAUGUGUAUCUUUCUUUUCAUUAUGGCAAAUUUAUUUAAAUUGAGUUUCGUGUGGAAGUGAGUCAAGUUUUAGAUCUGCAACCAUAGUUCAGAGAAUAAUGGGGUUUCUUAUUUGAAAAAUCUCAUUUUUCAUUCUUUCAAUUCUCCAUACCAUUUUGCUUAUUUCUUUGAAAAAAACAAAGUCUUUAAAACAUGCAUAUCUUUUGUAGCUAUGUACGCAAGAUUGUUCUUGUAUGCAUCUUUUCUUGCAUACAAAACCAAAAAAAUACUAGCGCUACAAAAAAAAAAAAAAAAAAAAAAGAAUUAGUUUGGAUAUUGAUCGCUAAUCUCUCUUUGAAUAGUCCGUAGCUAACAUGAUUUUUUAAUAACCCGUCGCUAAUCCAUUGCUAAAUAGGAUUGGAGACAGAUUUUUGCAUCAUUCAAUCUUUUAUUACUUCUCUUGAUUACACACGUCUUUUUUCGGAGGUGUUUAGCGACAUAAGUUGUCGAUCCGUCUAUUUGUUUUAGUACUUUUUACUGUAUAAUAUUUGGAGCUUCUCCAAGAAAAAAAAUAUUCCAACACUAAUUUGGAUGAUGUUUCUUACUAAAUCUGGCAUGGAGAUGGGUCGAGGAAAGAUAGAGAUAAAGAGGAUAGAGAACAACACAAACAGGCAAGUGACAUUCUGCAAGAGGAGAAAUGGAUUGCUGAAAAAGGCCUACGAACUCACAGUUCUCUGUGAAGCUGAGAUUGCUCUUAUUGUUUUCUCCACUCGUGGCCGUGUCUAUGAGUACUCUAACAACAACAUUAAGGCAACUAUUGACCGGUACAAGAAGGCAACUACAGAAACCUCUAAUGCUUGCACCACUCAAGAGCUUAACGCUCAGUUUUACCAACAAGAAUCAAAGAAGCUGCGCCAACAGAUACAAAUGAUGCAGAAUUCAAACAGGCAUCUGGUUGGUGAAGGCUUAAGCUCUUUGAAUGUAAGAGAGCUGAAGCAGUUGGAGAACAGACUUGAACGAGGCAUUAGUAGAAUUAGGUCAAAAAAGCAUGAGAUGAUACUGGCUGAAACUGAGAAUCUGCAGAAGAUGGAAAUUCAACUGGAACAGGAGAAUGCAUUCCUCAGAUCAAAGAUAGCAGAAAAUGAGAGGCUUCAGGAAUUAAGCAUGAUGCCAGCUGGAGGUGGGCAAGAGUACAGUGCAAUACAACAAUAUUUAGCAAGAAAUAUGCUUCAACUUAAUAUGAUGGAUGGCCAAGGUGUCUCUUCCUAUGAUCCAUUGCCUCCUCAUCAUGACAAGAAGUCCCUUGAGCUUCACUAGACCAAGUAAAUCUCCACUAAGCGUUUUGAGAAAUUUAAUGAAGGAAAUUUGGUGUUUAGAACUUAUGAAGUAAUCUCUAAUGAUUGUGUGUUGCUUAAAUUAGUACCUUAUUUUGUGUAUUUGAAUUGUUUGCCAUUAUUUUUGGGACAAUUGUAAGAAUUUGAACUGGUAGAUUUAUCAGCUUUCCUGCAAUAGACUUUGCACACAACACUGAGUUUUGGCUAAAACUUUUUAGGCAAUUUCUAUUUAAUCUGUCAGUGCUUUCUA